GGGUUUUGUCCCGGAAGGACCACCCCUAGAAGAGAUUUUGCCCAAUGAGUGUGGCUUCCGGGGCGGGUGACCGGAAGCGUGGUGGGUCAUGUGACCCCUCUAAGAACUCCUCCCAAGGCCCUACGCCAAUCCGAGUGCAGCACCAUUACCCUAUAAGUUCCAGCGCCGGACAGAGGAGGCCAUUUCUUAUCAAGGACACGAGGUUUUUAGAAAGGCUGCUGAGAGGAAACAUGGACUCCUUCAACACCCCCGUCAGAAAUUCGGACUUUGUUUUAGUCCCGAGGGUCUUUGACCGGCCACGGAAAAGACGUUACAUCAGCGACAGUUCUGAGGAGGAGGUUGUGACCGAGGGGAGCCCUUUGGCCCAGCCGCUGUUGGAUACGCCGGAACCCGACCCCAAAAACCUCGUGAGACACCCCGAGGAGCCUGAUCGCCACUUGGGAGAGUCAACGAUGGACAAGGCAAACGGAAAAGAAGGCGCUCAGCUUGACGAGGCCUUUUUAGAGGACCCAGACCCCCUGGACAGCGUUGCAUCAAGCAGCGAAGAUGAACCGGGCCCGCCAUGUUUUUGCUCAACACCAAUACAAAUUGAUGAAGAGGGCUCCGAGGAUGACGGGUUUGAGGAAUUUAGGAGGAGGCUUGGCAUAGAACUAUCCGAGCCAGUGCCACGUCGUGAGCGUAAAAAAGUUAUGCGGACUAUUGUACGCGUUGCUGUUUAUGCUGUUCUUAAACACUGCCUUAGGGAAAAGCUUUUUGAAGAUUGUGAGGGCUGUGCUAUAGAUGCGCCAGCCCAACGGCACCAUGACUGUGUGAAUUGGACUUUAGUGGAUAUAAACUGCAAGCUUAGGGCCCUGUGUGCUGAGCUGUGUUUGGAAAGCUUAUUAAACACUGUUAUUGCCGUAGGUUAUGCUAUGCAAUGUCUGUACCUAACCCAAGAACAUUUAGCACAAGGGGUGACUUUGAUAAAUGCUGUGCAAUUCAGUGAAGACCCUGACCGUGUUUUAAAGAAAAUGACCAAGCCGGAAGAUGCCUGCUUACAGCGUUAUAUUGAUCGUCUAGUUCGCACAAAAAGUUACAAAACCCUGCUUAAGAAAAAGACUAUUUGUAAUAAAUCUAAAAGGUUUAAGUUAGAGAAUGGGGAGGUGGUGGCAAACAUGCGAUAUAAAACUUGGUAGCUGUAAAUUUAAAAAGGUUUUUGUGUUUUGUUAGAAGGCCUUUGGCCCUUAAGUUUUAAUGAAGCAUUUUGGUUUGUUUUGAAGGAGUUGUAUGACUUUUUAAAAAUAAAAUAGUUUGUGAGAAUUAGCUUUUGUGUUUUUGUGCUUUUGUGCAUGUUGUGGGAGGGGUGGGGAAAUAACCUUAAAAAAAAAAAUUGCUUACAAUAAAAAAAAAAAAAAGAGCCAGGACUAGUUCAGACACGUGUGAGUAUAAUACAGAGAUAUACUUAUCUCCUAAGACCUGCCUUUUUACUAGCAGGACCAAAUAUUCAUUUUUGCCCCAGAUCACAAAGUGACCACCUCAAGGAUUGAACUUACAACCCUGGGUUUACCAAACCAUUACUUAAACCACUGAGCUAUCCUGGCUCUGUUGAAAUGAAUAGCUUUAACCACACACAACCCUCAUUCCACAACCCAAAUCACAAAAGGGUGGGGUGAUUAAGUUGACCUGUUAGCAUUAAUUUGCAAAACAAUGGGAUGAGAGGCUAUAAAAACCUUAGGUGGGCUAGAGGUGGUCCUUUUUAACAGAAAGCCUUCUUGGAUAGCUGCAGGAUUUAAAAAGAGGUAAGACUUUGUGCCUUUAACUUUGAAACUAUAAAGCCACUUUUUGCCCAUGCUGUUUUUAGUAAAUAAUGUGGCCUAUAUGUAUUUCAGGUAUCUGUUUAGCAUGGAACCAGGCCAAGCUGAAGGACCAAGCACACAGGGGUUUGAACAGAACAACCAUGGCCCUGCAACACUUUAUCCCAUAGUGAAAGGUAACUUUUUUUUUUUGCAACAACCUUUUAAAUGCAUGUGCUUUUUUUCUCAUAGGCAGGGGGUUGUGUUUUAAAAAACAGGUUUUUGCAGAGCUGCUUUGGUUUUGGCUUUUACUGUGCAUAAUGUGGUAUGUUUGAGGGGACAGAACAGGUGGUUUUAAAUGCAGGUGAUUUUUUUUCUCCAGAGGCAGCCUUCAGUAAUGGCAGGGGUGUGUGUUUUAAAAAAACAGGUUUUUGCAGAGCUGCUUUGGGUUUGGCUUUUACUGUGCAUAAUGUGGUAUGUUUGAGGUGGUUUUAAAUGCAGGUGAUUUUUUUCUUCAGAGGCAGCCUUCAGUAAUGGCAGGGGGGUGUGUUUUAAAAAAACAGGUUUUUGCAGAGCUGCUUUGGGUUUGGCUUUUACUGUGCAUAAUGUGGUAUGUUUGAGGUGGUUUCUAAAAUGCAUGUGCUUUUUUCU